AGCACCUGGGGCCGCAGGGCGGGCGAGCGAGGAGGCGACAGCGACGACGGCGGGGCCGGGCCCGUGGCGCCCCCUAGUGGGGCGCGGGCGGCAGCCGUUCCCGCUGUCGAGCGCGCCCAGCCGGCUGCGGUUACGCAAUGGAAAUUGCGAAAGCCCCACCCGCCCGGCGCUCCUGGGGGAAUGCGGCCUCUGGUGGAAUUUUUGUUUAUCUUUUUAAGUAUUUUUCUCUGGAUGUCUUUUCUUACAAAGGAUAAAUGGGAAUAGACCGGAUUUUCCCCGCAGUCUUGGGAAAAUUUGCCGAGUAGCUCAGCAAAUACCUUACAAAUUUAAACUGCUAACACUUUUCAAAUUUGGGUAUUGAUUUGAAAAGGGGCAUUCUGUUUCGGAAAAAGAAAAUAUCGCUUCUUAAUUUAAGACAGUUUUCCUAAUCGGGAUUUGGUAAUUGAAGAGUUCGUGGUCUGGCUCGCUUUAUAGUUGAGGGCACUGAAACCCGGGAAAGUUUUCUUGCCUGGGUAGCUUUUUUUCCAGUAUGUAGGUUUCCUUGAAUGUCUGCCAAAUGCCCGUGUUCUCAUUAUUAGUGUAAGAUUAGACUGAAAGAUGAUAUUUGGUAGAAAUUUACAGGUUGGAAGGAUAUUUGUAGUAUUGACUUACUAUCUGAAUUCAGUGUAUGUAACGGAAAACGAAAACAAGAAGCAAGUACAUGGGAAGCCACCUUGCAGUGAGCAGGACUGGGUUUGGCUUCAGCUGUGCGUUUGGAGCAUUUUAGCUUGGUAACAUUGAUCCCCUUUCAGGUGAGUAUUGGCCCUGCAGUUCGGAUUUGAGCAAGAAACUGUGAUGUUGCUUCUAGUAAGGUAAAACUGUCAAAUACCCCGGGUCAAAAGUCCAAACCAAGUGUAUUCAGAAAAGACCAUAAAAUCACAAAGUCCAGAUUGAAAAAUUUGCUGAGGAGUUAUUAAAAGUAUGUUUAAUGGACACACACAAGUAAUGAGUUGGAGAUAAGUUCGGUAAGAAACUGCUUUGAAUAUUGGAUUUUCUUGAUGGAUUGGAAAUGUAUUCAGGGGAAUAAGAAAGUUUGGUCAUGAGAGGAAAACUGCUUAAUUACUAAGACACCUUAGGAGUUAGUAAUGUUGCUCAUUCUAGGUUUUGCAAAUGAUUUCCUUUAUAGUGGGGGUAUGUAUAGGCAUUUUAUCUGUAUCGCCCAGAGGUGGUUUUUAGUUUUAAAUUCUGUAUUAACGGUUGUUUUCUUUCCAGACUGCAAAAUUCAAAAUGGGGCUCAAGGUAUUCGUUUCAUCUACACCAGAGAAGGCAGACCGAGUGGCGAGGCUUUUGUUGAACUUGAAUCAGAAGAUGAAGUCAAAUUGGCCCUGAAAAAAGACAGAGAAACUAUGGGACACAGAUAUGUUGAAGGUUUGAUUUACGUUGCCCUAGUAACAGUAAAUAAAACAUUAAACAAAUAGAAAUCUAUCUUACCCCUUCUGAAUUUUAGGUAUUUGACCGCAUGGAAAUGGUCAUCUAAGAGUUUAUGGCAGCUCUUCCUAGAUUAUCUAAAGACCCAGGAAGUCUGAACGUUGUUCUGUAACUUUCCGAAGUUGACUAAUUCUAAGCACCUCUUUCAGUAUUCAAGUCAAACAACGUUGAAAUGGAUUGGGUGUUGAAGCAUACUGGUCCAAAUAGUCCUGACACGGCCAAUGAUGGCUUUGUACGGCUUAGAGGACUCCCAUUUGGAUGUAGCAAGGAAGAAAUUGUUCAGUUCUUCUCAGGGUUGGAAAUCGUGCCAAAUGGGAUAACAUUGCCGGUGGACUUCCAGGGGAGGAGUACGGGGGAGGCCUUCGUGCAGUUUGCUUCACAGGAAAUAGCUGAAAAGGCUCUAAAGAAACACAAGGAAAGAAUAGGGCACAGGUAUAUCGAAAUCUUUAAGAGCAGUCGAGCUGAAGUUAGAACUCACUAUGAUCCACCACGAAAACUUAUGGCCAUGCAGCGACCAGGUCCCUAUGACAGACCUGGGGCUGGCAGAGGGUAUAACAGCAUUGGAAGAGGAGCUGGCUUUGAAAGGAUGAGGCGUGGUGCUUAUGGUGGAGGUUAUGGAGGCUAUGAUGAUUAUAAUGGCUAUAAUGAUGGCUAUGGAUUUGGGUCAGAUAGAUUCGGAAGAGACCUCAAUUACUGUUUUUCAGGAAUGUCAGAUCACAGAUACGGGGAUGGUGGCUCUACUUUCCAGAGCACAACAGGACACUGUGUUCACAUGCGGGGGUUACCUUACAGAGCUACUGAGAACGACAUUUAUAACUUUUUUUCACCACUCAACCCUGUGAGAGUACAUAUUGAAAUUGGUCCUGAUGGCAGAGUAACUGGUGAAGCAGAUGUCGAGUUUGCAACUCACGAAGAUGCUGUGGCAGCUAUGUCAAAAGACAAAGCAAAUAUGCAACACAGAUAUGUAGAACUCUUCUUGAAUUCUACAGCAGGAGCAAGCGGUGGUGCUUACGAACACAGAUAUGUAGAACUCUUCUUGAAUUCUACAGCAGGAGCAAGCGGUGGUGCUUAUGGUAGCCAAAUGAUGGGAGGCAUGGGCUUGUCAAACCAGUCCAGUUACGGUGGCCCGGCCAGCCAGCAGCUGAGUGGUGGUUAUGGAGGCGGCUAUGGUGGCCAGAGCAGCAUGAGUGGAUACGGCAGCCAAGGAGCAGUGAACAGCAGCUACUACAGUAGUGGAAGCCGAACAUCUGUGGGAGUGAACGGAAUGGGAGGGAUGUCUAGCAUGUCCAGUAUGAGUGGUGGAUGGGGAAUGUAAUUGAUCCUGAUCACUGACUCUUGGUCAACAUUUUUUAAAAGAAAAACUUAAGUUUUAACAGUUUUGCAAUACAAGCUUGUGAUUUAUGCUUACUCUAAGUGGAAAUCAGGAUUGUUUUAAAGACUUAAGGUUCAGUAUUUUUGAACACAUUCAUCUAGGAUGUAACAACUAGGUUGAGUAAACUAUUACUGUUAAAUAAUUUUCAGCUUUUCUCAAGUUAGUUCUCUUGUAGGAUGUACUUAAGCAGUAAGUGUAUUUAGGUUAAAGCAGUUGAAUUAUGUUAAAUGUUGCUCUUACAUCACAUUACAUUGAACACUGUCUGGAUGCAUGUUGAAAGACAUGCUUUUUUUGUAAAACUCAAUAUAGGAGCUGUGUCUACAAUUAAAAGUGAAACAUUUGGCAUGUUUGUUAAUUCUAGUUUCAUUUAAUAACCUCUAUGGCACGUAAGUUUAAGCUUUUUUUUUUUAAGUUAAUGGGGGAAAUUGGACACGCAAUACCAAUACUUUAGGAUUUUGGUCUUGGUGUUUGUAUGAAAUUCUGAGGCCUUGAUUUAAAUUUUUCAUUGUAUUGUGGUUUUCCUUUUAGGUGUAUUGCGCUAAGUGAAACUUGUCGAAUAAAUCUUCCUUUUAGAAACCGCA